AGAUAGGCACGGGCGACGCCACAGGAGAGAGGGCGGUGUCGACCGCAGCGAGACCCCACACACUGCAAGUCAGGCUCCCAGACUUCCCGCUCGCCAGCGGAGAGGCGAUGCCUUCCCAUCGGAACGGAGGGUUCGUCGGUGACGCGGAGGUCGACUCACCAGCUGCCCUCGAGAUGACCCGGCCGGGGGUCGAGGUCAAGCGGCUGUGCGUACUGGGAACGGGCGACUUCGGCCGGGCGCUGACCCGGCGCGCGGUGGCGGCCGGCUUCAGCGUCACCCUCGGCACCAGGAGCAAGGAGAAACAGGCGGACCUGAUGCGGCUGAUCGAGGCCACUGGCGCCACCAUCGCCUCGCAGGCGGACGCCAUCAACUCGGCAGAGCUGGUGGUGGUGGCCGUGGCGCGUCGCUUUUACGACGCGUUGCCGCUGGCGCUGCUGCAGAACAAAGUCCUGGUGGACGUCAGCAACCGUGACGACGCGGUGCGCCGUCGCAGGUCAGCGGUGGUGACGGGCCCGGGCUGACUCCCCGGGG